AUGGUUACAACAAUAAGAGAUCAUGUUAGAAAGAGGAGGGAAGAGGGGGACGAUGAAAUGAUGUUGUUUAUUUUCCCUGCACUACAUCUUAUGAGUUCUAGAGGAGGAAAGGAAAAGAAGCGUCGACAUACUUCGAAGCUAACAGGGGAGGAACAUGUUCGGGAGCUACUUGAAGGACAUGUCAAGAACUGUCGGACAACAUUUCGGAUGGAACCAGACAUAUUUAGAGCCCUAGCCAAUUACCUUAGGAUUGAAGGAUUGGUUCGUGAUACUAGGAUUAAGGUUGAAGAGAAGCUGGCAUUCUUCUUAUACAUGCUUAGUCACAAUGCUUCAUAUGAGGAUCUUCAAGUAGAAUUUGGGCACAGUAGUGAUACCUUUCAUCGUCACAUAAAACAUUUUUUCAACUUGGUUAUCCCUACACUCUCCAAUCGAUUUCUGAAGCCUUCUGAUCCUAAUCAAGUGCAUUUGAAAAUUCAAAGAGAUCCUCAAUUUUAUCCCUACUUCAAGAAUUGCAUUGGUGCAAUUGAUGGCACCCAUGUACCCGUAUCCAUAUCAUCUGAAAAGGCUGCUCCAUUUAGAAAUAGGAAAGGGACUCUUAGCCAAAAUGUGAUGAUAGCAUGUGAUUUUGAUCUGAGUGUCACUUUCAUAUCUAGUGGAUGGGAGGGGUCAGCUACAAAUGCUAGAGUUCUUAGCUCCGCAAUGAACAAUGGUUUCAAAGUACCUCCAGGAAAAUUCUACUUGGUUGAUGGUGGGUAUGCCAAUACCGCUUCUUGCCUUGCACCAUAUCGAAGAGUUAGGUAUCAUCUGAAGGAGUUUGGGAGGGGUCAUCGUAGACCUCAGAACUACAAGGAAUUAUUUAAUCAUCGACACGCGGUAUUGAGGAAUCAUGUUGAAAGGACUUUAGGGAUCAUAAAGAAGCGAUUCCCCAUCCUCAAAGUUGAAACCUUCCACAAAAUAAACAACCAAGUAAAGAUACCUGUAGCUGCUGCUUUGUUGCAUAAUAUUAUCCGGUCACUCAAUGGAGAUGAACAAUGGUUGGAUGACCAACCAGAUAAUAUUGACCCACAAAAUUUUGUUGAUCUACCAGCUGAUAAUGAAGUCAAUGAUCAAGGCACGAAUCAAGGCAAUGCUCUAAGAGACAUGAUAGCACAAGAAAUGUGGUAUGAUUACCGACAUCAUAGGAAUUAG